AUGGAGUUUUUCAACUCUGCUCUUGGAAAAAAUAUCUCUUUUGUGCGUCCUGCGUAUUUCAUAAUAAGUGGUUUAUCCGGUAUUCCAAAUAUACAACAUUACUAUGUCUUUCUCUUCUUUGUUUAUAUUGUUUCAGUGCUCGGAAACACUAUUGUAAUGGCUGUGAUAAUCUUGGAUCGUAGUCUGAGGAGUCCAAAGUAUGUUGCAGUUUUUAAUCUAGCAUUUGUGGACCUGUUUGGUAACUCUGCUCUGGUACCGAAGCUCCUCGAUAUCUUUCUGUUUGACCAUCGCUACAUCCCCUACAAUGACUGCUUGACUUUCCUUUUUUUCUGCUAUACCUGCCUCUCUAUGCAGUCAUUUAAUCUGGUCGCACUCUCCUAUGACAGACUGAUAGCUAUCACUUUCCCACUGCAUUAUCGAGUGAUGGUGACCCACAGGUUCAUGUUCUGUAUGAUUGCAUCUUUCUGGCUGUUUAUUAUACUUGCUGUUCUUAUUGCAGUUGGCCUCCUGACAAGACUUUCCUUCUGUGAUUCUGUCGUCAUUAACAGCUAUUUCUGUGACCAUGGUCAGAUAUACCGGCUGGCCUGUAAUGACCAUUUCCCCAAUUACGCAAUUAGCUGUUUCUACCCAGUUCUUAUAUUUUGGCUUCCACUUGUUUUCAUCUUGUUAAGUUACCUAUAUGUCUGCUGUUCUUUGGCUAAAGUGGCCACAGUUCAACAAGGACUGAAGGCCUUUAAAACAUGCAUAGGUCAUCUUUUAUUAGUGGCAAUCUAUUUCAUCCCACUGUUAAUCACAUUUACAUUAAUGGAAAAAAUUAAUCCAAACGCCAGAAUUAUAAACCUGUCUCUGACCUCGGUCUUUCCUCCAAUGUUGAACCCAAUCAUUUAUGUUUUGCAGACCCAAGAAAUCAAAGAAUCUGUGAAAAGGUUAUUAAAAAUCGGAAGAAAAAACAAAAUAACUGUGAAAAAAGUGAUCAUAAUGUGA